AAAACAUCCUCUUUAUCAACGACUUUGUUACGAGUCUUUCCUACAUACAGCAUUGGUCAACGAUAUUAUAUUCUUAAAAAAGAAAAUCAAUGAUGAGCAAAUAGAUAAUUUAGUACUUAUAAUAUGCAAAGAGCAUUUCUUACAGGAAUCAAUUAAAAACGUAUUGAAAAAAAUAAAUGAGUUAAUUAUUGAAAUUAGAAAAACAACCGCAAUGCUAAGUAUUGAUUUUUUCUAUGAUCAUAAUUUUAAUACUUUUAUAAAAAUUUUUGAAUUUAUCGUGGAUGCAAAUGUACGCUGGCACAUACAAAUAUUUGAUAAUUUUAACUGUGAAAAUAUUAGCUUUCAUAAUAAACAAUUAACAUUCAUCGAAUUAGACAAUUCUCUAUCAAUAAAUCAAGAAAAAAUGCCUGCAGUAGAGAAAAGACUUUUAGAGGAUAAGAGUAAUUCAAUUAAAAAUGGGUUUGAAUAUUUAGAACGGACAUGCAGUUUGAUGUCGGGUUUUCAGAGUCAAAUAGGAAAGUCACGUGAACUUGUGAACUCCAUUUCCAACAAACAUUUAGAGAUUUAUUCAUCUUCAAUAAUUCUUGAUUUGUUAAACGAGACCCAAACAAAUCCAAAACUGUUAUAUUCAUUACAAAUAUUUUUAGUAGAUGAUGAAUGCAAUCUAGAAAGUUUUAAUUUCUUUAAACAAAAAGGAAUAAUACAAGACGAUGUGGAUGCUACAGCUCUUUGUGCAUUAGCCUUGUUUGGAAUUGAAGUCCUUGGUCAAAAAGAUAUUGAAGCAAUUGCCAAAAGAAUCCUUCGAAAUACUAAUGAAAAAGGAAUUAUUCAAACUUACUUCCCUCCCAGAGGUGAAAGAGAAAAUCGUAUUGACCCAACUGUAUGCGCGAGUGCGAUACGUUUAAUAUAUAAAGUAGGAUAUGAUGAGGCUGCAAAGGAAACUGAGAAUUAUCUUUAUUGUACGUUAGCAACCAAAUCUUAUCUUAACGGAUCAAAAUAUUUUCAUUCUCCGGAUGCUUUUCUAUAUUAUCUAUAUAAAGCUAUUAUCCUUUCUAAAUUUGCGUUUAAAAAAUUUGGCGCGUUACUUGCUGCAAAUGUCAUAGAUCGGUUAGGCACCACUAAUUAUCCUUUAGAUUUAGCUAUGCGAAUAUUAAUUGUUGAAGGACUAGGAUUACUUAAACAUGUACACAUGCCUGAAAUCAUUAGUAAAGAAAAAAAAUCACUUGAAAUUUUACAGGAAGAAGAUGGUUCUUGGCCUAAAGAUGCUCUUUACAAGACAGGACGCUCUGAGAUUUAUUUUGGAGGAAAAGAAAUUAGUACAGCUUUCUCAAUAAAGGCUUUGCAAAUCAUGCAACAAGCGGAUCUAACACCACACAAACCUUUCUUAUGUGAUAUGUGCCAGAUUAUAAGAGAUAAGAAAGAGUGGGGCACCUGUUUCAAUCGUUUCAAGAUGCAAGAUGCACUUAGAAAUCAAUAUGCUUUGCUGAGGGGCAAAGUAUCCGAUUAUAAAAAAGGAGCUCCAAAUCACUUAUACCUUAGGAGGAGCACUUCAACUGCAAGGUGGACCGAGCACUUAAACCACUUUAACUUAUCGGAAAUUCCUAAUGGAGAUCUUACUA